UCAAAAAGAGAAAAACAAAAUUAAACACUUGCCAUCAAAAUAACUACAAGUCAGAUGUACCUACUGUUACAGAAAUAAGCUUUUUGAACGCAAAUGUUUAUUCAUGAAUUGAAAAAAAUGUCGAGUUUCCGUUCAUUAACAUUUACACAAAUUUCAAUUGCCUGGAAAAAUUAACUUCAGCGUUUCACUGCGGAUCAGUCAACCCCUUGAGUCAGUUACAUCAGUUACUUUACGAAUUCUAGUCUCAAUUUGUGGCCACAAAAUACAAUGUCGGAGCUGCGACCUGUUCUUAUUGGAGUGAUGAUAGACCCAUUGGUGUCCUUCGAAGAGGCAAUGGGCUGUCGGAGUGUAGAUGAGAUUGAUCUAUGGGCCGAAACGGUUUUGAAAUUCCUCAAACAAGUACUCAGCAAGGAUAUAAAUAACAGCAACAUAAAGGUUGUGACCGAAUUUGGUGAAAACCCCGAAACCUACUGGUUCGAUCAAGUACACAAUUUCCGAGAACUAAACGAAUCAAGAAAACGAAGGGGACCGAGAGCGGACGGAAGGCAAGUCUAUCGAAUAAAAAUUUGUGACGAUAUCAUUGAUUGUCUUGAAAGAACCGGUGCCCCAAGAAUUCGAACUUGGGUGAAUGCUGAUAAAAUGAGCCAAGUUUUAGAAGAAGUCGAAGCAAUUCGUAUUAAAGAUCUGCUGCAGAAUGACUAUAAGCUGAGAAGAAAAACGGCUAGAGAAUUCUUACCUCAAGAAUGCCGUGGGCACGGUUUCUUCAAAGCUAUAGUUAGCUGGUUCAAGCAAGCAUCAGAAAGUGACAUUAUAUAUGUGCAUGACUUGAUAAUUGACGAAGAAACGAAACGAGCCGUAUCAAGGGCCUCCUAUAGUGAACUUCCAAAGAGUAACUCAAUGACUUAUUACUGGUGGUGUUACGAAAAGAGGUCGUAUAAUGGUGAUUCAGGCAAAAAAAGGCUCGUGUUUUUCGGAAGUUUCAAGAAUAUAGUACAGGUUAUGGCUAGCACUGAAAAUGAUCUUCACGAAAAAAUCUUGGUAAUAGUUUCUGAGGGGGUUAAAAAGAACGAAAUUGGAGAAAAAGAAAUUGAUGAAAUGAAAGAGUUGACAAACUCCAAAGCCAUCAAAGUUGUCUCAUGCUACAUCGCUAAAAACACCUCAGUGGAAAGUUUAACGAUCUAUACACCGAAAAAUGCACGUUACCCGUAUUGGGAAGAUCAAGCAAAGUUUCUUUUCGAUAUCAGUAGUGCCGUUUCCAGCGCAAACAUCCCUCUGCACAUCCUGAACGAUUACAAUUGGCAAAUCGACGACUCUGGGAACAUGGAAAACGAUAAAAUAAAAUUGUUUUUUUCAUGCAAACAGUCCUACAAACUUAGAUGCGGUUUACACGUUUGCGAAAGAACUGAUAACGCGAAAAGAUUGUCUGCUCCCUUUUCUGAGCCAUAUAUCCCUGAUAGGAUGCAUCAAUCUCAAUCAGAGAAAAGAGUUCAAGCCAAGAAACCAAGGCAACACAGACGAUUGCUUGCUAUAUGCAGCAUCCACGGCUAUAUACAUGACAACAAGGUUAAUUGAAGGUCGAAGUGGUGGUUAUCCUAAUAUCAAAGAAGUGCUGCGGGGUCUCAAGGAAAAAUGGAAGGUCGACGAACUCUCUAAUCAACAAUUGGAACUUAUCCUCAAAGAAUAUGUGGAAGAAUAUAGACUUUGCUACAGUCAAAUAGAAACCCGAGAAGCUUUGGAUCCCUGGUUCUCAAAGCAAGUUGUAAUUGGAUCUUUUGAAUUGACCAAAAAUCAAUGGGAACGUUUCGACGAAUUCUUCGAACGCACUCCGAAAGGUAUCUUAACAAAGGUGGACUUGGGCCAGCCGAGCGGAGAAAUAGAAGGUCACGCCGUUGUACUGGCCAGCUAUGACUCCAGUAGUUUGCGAUUUAUGAACUCUUGGGGCAAAAAGAUGGACAAAGGUUUUUUUAGAAUCCAAAAUCCAGAGGUACUGAACAUGAAAUUCAUGCGAGUGUAUGUUGAUACUGAAGCUCUUUCGGAUGACGAAAAACUUUACUACAGAACACACGGACUGAAAAAUCUGGCUAAAAAACUUAUGAAUCUAAAGGGUCUCAGAUAUACCAGGUACGCUUGUCCGAAAUGCCAUACUUCUUCUCGUCUAUCUGAGUUUCGUUGUAGGAUGGGUGAACCGGAGUGCCCACAUUGCCAGAAAACCUUUCGUUUU